AUGGCCGCCCAGCCGCAGUUCGCAGCGCCGUUCCCGCCCACAGUGCCCGUCGCAGUCGAUCCGACGUACUCGUCGUCGCUGCCGGGCUUCCUCGCGCCCGUGGGCAACCUCCUCGACCGCCUCGACGCCGCCCGCGACCGCCUCAACCUCCCCGACCCGGGCAAGCACGAGGACCUUGGCCGCGAAGUCAAGCUGACGCACUUGACCAACUACACUUUCGAUGGAGCCCGUGCCGACCUCGCCAAGACGCUCUCGCAGGUGCCGGCCUUCCAGGUCACGCACUCGUUCGUGGCGGGCUCGCAGGGGGGACCGAUGGGCGGCAUCAACCCGGGGACGUACAACUUUGGCGCAGUCUACGCGACGCCCAAGACCUUCAUGCAGGGAAUGGUCGACAACGAGGGAUCGGUGACGGGACGGUUCAACUACGGAUGGUCGCCCAAGAACACCACCAAGAUGUCGGUCCAGCUCGCUGCUUCUGCCGCCGCACCCUCCAUGUUCUCGCUCGAGCACGACCGCGUCGGCAAGGACUACACCCUCUCCGUCAAGGCUUACAACCCCUCCCCCGCCGACUUGACCGGCUCGUACAUCGCCGCCUACCUCCAAUCCAUCACCCCUCACUUUGCCGUCGGUGUCGAGACGCUCUACCAGCGACCGACGCCCGACAUGGAGGACUGCUCGCUUGGCUACAUGGCCAAGUGGCACAACGUGAAGAAGGACGAGGCGGGCAACCAGCUCAAGGACUCGUGGAUCGCGACCGCGCAGGUCAUGUCGCAGGGUAUCUGGCAGGCGACGUACUGGAAGAAGCUCGCCGACCGCGUCGACGCAGGUGUCGACCUCGUCUGCAUACCCGCCAUGAACCCGCGCGAGCGCAAGGCGGUCGCGACUGCCGGCGUCAAGUACGACUUCCGCACGGCCACCUUCCGGGGUCAGGUCGACUCGACUGGCAAGGUUUCGGCGCUCUUGGAGCAACGACUGAGCCCUGCGUUUGCGCUAUCGUUGGCGGGCGAGAUGGACCAUGUCAAGCAAACGUCUAAGUGGGGUUUUGGGGCGAGCAUCGAGAGCGCGUCCGAGGAGGCCAUGAGUUAUGCGAUGAACCACUCCGCCGAAGCCGCGAUCCCUCCUCCUCUGUAG